UUUAGCUGGAAAACUACAAUUCGGAAUGCGAAAAGAUCUGGCACCACGAAGGCGAUUUGAGACUAAAAUUUACGAAGAGGAUAUCUAAGAAACCGGCCACAAAUUUGUACAAACUUUAUGCCCCUGAGGGCAAGCAAGAUGAAGAACGGGAUGGCUUGAUUGUAAGGAAAGAUCUUAUGCCAAGUAUUCUGCAGGGUGCAACAGGUAACAAGAGCCUUUGGAUCCAAAAUGUUCUGAACAAGAGUUCUUGCGAUGUCAUCCACGAGGAUAAACCGGUAGACACAAGAAUGCAUCAGCCACUUAAUACUAUUGGUCUUGACGAGUAUUCCAGGCAGACUUACAGCGUUGGCGAGCUGGCAGUUAGGAAAACGCCCGCACCACCCGUCGAGAUAAUAAAACCAGUGCCUGAAUACAUAUACUGCUUGCCAGAACAAAUUAACUUCGUUAACUUCACUCUGGGAGAUACUCAUACUCAAAAUCUCCGAUUGAUCAACCUAUCGAAGUUUGAAAUUCGUCUAUCUCUGUCACUGCCGAAGCGUAACGAGCUUAAAGUAGAGCUUUCCGGUUCUCGUGGUCUACGGGUCACUGCCGGCUCAGCUAAUGAUAUAAAGAUACAUUUCCAACCGAACGACGUGCGCGCUUUUCAUGACGAGCUGCGUAUACGCACCUCUUUGGGCAAAGGCUUGCUAGUGCCAAUCACCUGUUACAUGGAGCCGCCCGAGUUGCACAUUUUCGUGCAAAAAAUGGCAAUCCCAGUUUUCACCAGCACUGAUCCCAUGGCCUUAAAAAUGACAGAACAUCAGGGGAAUAUUGUAGAUUUGGGUGCCAAGCUAUUGGGAGACCAGCAUUAUGCUUCAUUGGUACUGCAAUGCAACGAAGCCCAUGCAUCGUUUUUCCUCGUUACUGAAGACGCUUGGCUUGAAUGCAAUAUUCAGGAGCUUACUGCCAAAGGGACCUUGAAAACCGGCCCAUUUACCAUCCAUCCGGCCUGGUGGUCCGGCGGUGGUAUCGUUCGCGGGAUCGUCCGUUGUCGUGCCUCGGAUCCGGGGCUGCACAGUGCCGAAAUAAGAGUCCUGUCGUCUACGGCUGUGACUAGAUUGUUCCAUGUUGUUGCUGACUCGGUGUAUUAUGAUCCGGCGCAUAUUAUGAUUCAGGCCCACGAGAAGGAUUACGAUAUAAAUAGCGAAGAUGAUCCUGAUUGCGACUAUUACGUAAACUUGGGCACCGCUUUCCCGAAUCGUCCUUUAUCCGCUACAAUACAAAUCGUUAACCAUAGGUAA